GGAGUUGUGUUCCGGUAACGUCAGUGAACAGGAAACGGCUGUUGGUGUCCGUGAGUUCAGUGAGCAGAGAAUUGUUGCAAAGUCUGGAUUUAAUCCACUAACGCUCGUUAGCUCGCCGUGCUGAGAGGCUAACAGGAUGACUGAGGGGCGGAGUUUACCUGAGUGAAGAGUCAUGAAUGUGUGUGUGGUCCAGGAUGCUGCAGGGGCCGUACGGUGGCCUGGAGAGGGACCGCCCCCUCAUCCGGCUGCCGUUCACCAGCUUCGCCGUGGCAACGGUUCUGCUCCCUCUGACCGGCCUCAUCGCCUGCCUCGCCAUUUCACUCCUGUACCACUUUGAAGACGCGACGUACACACACUGUAAGGUGUCAAACUACCUCCCGUCCAUCAGCGCCGCCAUCAGCCACGUGCCGGAGCGCUACAUCUGGCGCGGCUGCAUCGGCCUGCACUCGGCGCCGCGCUACCUGGUGGCCGUCGCCUACUUCAGCUUCUACCGCUUCCGCUUCGCCCAGCGGCUGCCGGAGCUGCUGCUCAGCGGGUUGGCUCUGCUGUGCAGCCUCGCCGAGAACACCGGCCUGCUGCUGCUCACAUACGUGUCGUCCACGGAGACAUACAGUCUUCAUAAGAACGGCUUCAUGGUGUUCGUCGUGAGCUCGCUGCUGCACAUGCUCAUCACGUGCUGGCUGUGGCAGGUGAUCAGGAGGUACAGCAUGAACCCAGAGGAAGUGACAUCAUACCGGUGGAAGGUGCGUCUCUUCCUGUUUAACGUCGGCUGUUGCCUGGCAGCUGCGUAUUUCUUCAGACGCCACAACAAGUACUGCGAAGCGGGAGUGUACACUCUGUUUGCUGUCUUCGAGUACCUGGUUGUCUUCUCUAACAUGUCCUUCCACAUGACGGCUUUCUGGGACUUUGGCAGUAAAGACGUGAUGGUGGCGACGACACCUGAAGGCAAACGUUACUGAUGCACAGGAUGUGCGUCUGGACUUUAUCUGACCACAGGGACGGACGGACGGGUCAUGUGAUCUCCUGAACUUUGACAUGAGGAGACCUCCCGUGUGACGGUGUCUCUGGGACGUGUACAGCGUUGGACACUUCUGGUUCCUCUGUAUUUCACUGUCACUUUUUUAUGACUUUAAAUUAAAAACAAAAAAAAAACGAGGACA